AUGGAACUGUUCCAAAAGUUAUUUUGUGCUGCCUUAUUAGCCUUACUUCCAUCUCUAUGUAUCGCAAAUAAUGAAUACACACCGCGACCGUAUUGUGGAUUAACAAAAAACAUUAAGAUAGGCCUUAUUGAACAACCUUGCGGCACGCCUAUUCCACGAAAUACAACUUCCACGAAUGUCGAUUUAUGUAGGGACACAAUGAGAAUGCGAUCAACCAUGAAAAUCCAAGUCCGUAACAUGUACAACAAAUACAGGAACUACAUUUCUAAUCAGUCCAGACCAAACCGAUUUCAACACAUAAAUACUUGCUUACCGACAAGAGCAUCGCUAAAUGUUACCAGGACAUUGAGAGACUUACAGAUCUACGUUCUAGGAUUAUCGUGCAUAGGAGAGGCUAUGAAUUAUCGUGGAAUUUUCCAUUCAUCGGAAUCAUGGAUAAUGGUUGGGCGUUUCCGUGAACCUUCCGACUCUGUUUGGCUACCACAAGAUUUUCAUGGUCAUGAAAUGUUGAAUUUUUGUUCAGAAACUAAGUAUUGGUCAGGCUUUCAUGUGACAACUUCGAAUGUUUCAAUGAGAUUUCUGGAAAGAGUUAUAGAUGGUUGA